AUGGGUAAAAGCGGCCAUUUUGUUUCCUCUGCCAGCUGUGCUGUCUCUGUCUUAUUUGUGUCCAGGAAAAUGUCUGGAGGAGAUACCGCAAUGGCUUUUAAGACUUGGGAAUUGUCAAACAAUAUCGAGACAGUGAACAGCGUGGACGAAAUUUUCAAGUUUGACCGCCAACAACAGCAAGAAAUUCUCCAAGCAAAACCUUGGCAGAAAGAGUGAGUUCCUCUAAAGCCUGUAAAAAUGUGUUGUUUUUAGUUUAUUUUAUUUAAGCGAAAUUUAAUUUUUAUUUUAUUUUAACUUUUCAGCCCACACUACUUCAAGAACAUAAAAAUUUCGGCCUUGGCAUUGUUAAAAAUGGUAGGGAAUGUAAUAUACCAUGUCUGGUACAUAAUUAUUGCCACAUUUUUUGCUCUAAAGAACUCUGAGAUUUGACUCUAUCCCUGGAGAUUAGCCUGCAAAUGUAGACAUAUUUCCAGUUGUUGCCAUGGCGUGACCGUUCACAGUCCCCUAUUUUUCCGUAAGAUCAUCGAGAUCGAGGACUUUGCAUUGCAGGCAUCCCUCUAGGGUGAGUGUCAAAAUUACUAAAGGGGUUGUGGGAUGAUUUGGGAAGAAGCAGGAAAAAUAGAGGGACUGUCCUAACGUGACUGCCACUCAUGUGUUGGGGGAUGUGAUAGGAAUUUCACACCUUUUACCAUUCAUCAAUUAACCAAUUUCUGCUUAUGAUGAAAAACAUACCAGGCACAUUUAGCAUUGAUUUCGUGUGUCUACAAACAUGUUCUUUUGAAACAGUGAUUACGAUAGAGUUACUAGGACAUUUUCCAAAUAAAAUCAGCAAGUAUACACAAUUAAAACAUUUUACCAAUCUAAGCAGCAAGUAUGCUUUAAUUCUUCAACAGUGAUUAAAACAGUUAAACCUCGAAAUAAAAAGCCAGAAAUUUCUGUCACAGUUCUUUGUAGUGUUUCAAUUCAUUUGGCAGAAACCUUGUUUCUUUUUUCAAAACUCCCCAGAUGUCUGAAAUUAACAAAAUUCCCCUGGAAAAUGCCUUGUGUGUUUGCACAAAAUGUGCCUUGCAAAUUCUCAAUGGCAUCAGGUUUUGAAAACAAUUCUUGCAUACUUGUAAAUGGUUUUAUGUCAUCCCUACUCCAUGAAAUGUCAAGGAGAGUCUGUCCUACUUCACACCAAUUGAAAAUAAAUUCCUUUCCCAGUUUCGUGAACCCAGUCUAGCCACGACUGGAAAUCCUCUGCAUUUGUUGGCUACUGAAGAUUUGUUACUUACCCCUCAACUGGUGGGUGCUGUAACAGGUCGUUUUGCCCAAAAGUCAAUUUCCCUAUGAAAAUUUGCCUGCAAUCAAGUUGAUUCACCCGAUGUUUGUUUGUAAUUCUUUAAGCCUGAUGAAAAGGAAUAAGCUUGGAAGACAUAAGGGUACCAGUGCAUGUUUUUUACUUGUUACAUGUGAUUUCUACCAAAUAAAGUGGAAAUCAUCAACCAAAUAUCCUCCCAUCUGUUUUAUUACUGCAAAAAAACCACUGACAAAAAUGUUGUGCAAAAUAUCUAUGAAACAUUAUUACUGAAUUUUAAUAUAUCAAGACUGGCCUAUUGACAUCAAUACCAUUGAUAUUUGCUGAUAUCAUCCAAUUUGGUGGUGUUAACUGGUUAUGAAGAGUUAGCCACCCUGGGGAUUUAAGCCAAUCAGAAAUGGAAAAAAAUAUUUAGUAUGAAAAUUAAAUAUCUUUGUAUCAACAGCCACUAACAGUUUUCAUUUUCAUGUGUAUCUCUAGGUAAUGCAUGCCAGGUCUGGUGGUAACCUGGAGGUGAUGGGACUUAUGCUGGGAAAAGUUGAUGGUGAUACCAUGAUUGUAAUGGAUGCAUUUGCUCUGCCUGUAGAAGGAACUGAAACAAGAGUGAAUGCUCAGGCAGCUGCAUAUGAGUACAUGGCAGCAUAUACUGAAUCUGCUAAAUUGGUGAGGUGUGAUCUAAAAAGACUACAGACAAACCUGUAUUAAGCGGUCACCCUCUAUUAAGCAUUCGUUUUCUUACUGUAAAACUGACCUGUAUCAAGUAGUCACAUCUGUUAAUGGUCGCAGUCACCGCAGUUUCUGUGGAGUUUUUCUGUUUUUUGUUGUUUUCACAUCCGUUAAACUGUCACUUUCUCAAGAUGCUAGUGCAAUACAUGUAGAUACACUGAGCAUUGCAUUCAGUGGUCUAGUUUUACUCCCUUUUCAUUGGGCACAAGCAGAGGUAGAAACACUUUGAGGUCAACUUGUCAUGUUAUGGAUACUACUCUUUGACACAAUCUAUUUUCUUGAUCAAGCCUUUGGUUUGUCAAACCUGUAUUAAGCGGUCAGUUAACCAUUUCCCAUUGCAGUUUGAUUGGAAACCUGCUAUUUAAUUACACAAAAAGUGAAUACUUGACUGAUAUUCUUGCUCCUCAUUAAUUUCUGAACGAUAUGCAUGAGAAGGGUUGAAGUUUUGAUCGAACAGUUGAACAUGUAUGGUGCCCAGUGUUAAAUCCUACAAUCAGUUUUCUCCCCCUUUCCCUCUUUCUAAGAAAUUCUAUUGAAUUAGUUUAUGUUCCAGUAAGUACAGUGUACAGUAUAAAGUGACUAUAAACAUGAUUGUGUGUGCAUGUCCGUACCAGGUGGGUCGUUUGGAGAAUGCAAUUGGAUGGUAUCACAGUCACCCAGGGUAUGGAUGUUGGUUAUCAGGAAUUGAUGUUGGAACACAGAUGGUCAAUCAACAAUUCCAAGAACCUUUUGUGGCUAUUGUGGUGAGUAAAUUCACAUUCUUGAUAUGCAGUCUUGUGUUCUUCAUUUUUAAAAGUUGUAGAUUAUAAAUCAUUAUUCAAAUUUUACAUAAAUGAAUUCCCAUUGCAGGAGAGUUAAAAAACCUUUACCCGUUGAUGUAUAAAUUUAUAUAAGAAUAAAUUAUUAAUGAUACGUGCAUCCAAGUCUUGUAUCCUGUUUUAUCUAGGGACUUUAUAAAUGAGAAGCAAAUCUGUGAAAUGAUAUUUUACAUUGCUUUUAUUAAUACUUACAGUAGUUGUAUUAAGUGAAGAACUCUAACUUACACUUUACCCUUACAGUCAAUAGAGGUUCACAUAAUGGGCCUGGGAGCAGUUGUUUCUACUAAAAUAGCUUAAAUGCAUGUAAUGUAGUAAGAAAUAACAAAUAGGUGGAGCGCCCUGCUCUCUUGUUUUUAAAUAGCCUGAUCAUAGAUGCAGUCAUUUGUAUAUGUUUCCUUGGCUAAAUUAACAGUUUCUUUUCUCCUACUUCCAAAAUUUGCAAAUUUCUUUGUUUUCAUCAUACAUUUUAGAUUGAUCCUACACGGACUAUUUCAGCAGGAAAAGUAAAUUUAGGAGCAUUCAGGACAUAUCCAAAGGUAAAACAUUGGCUAGAGAUAUGUAAAUGUCCCGAGAAUAAUAAUGUCUUAAAUACAACUUCACUUUUAACGACCAUGUCAUCUGGUAAUUAUUUUCAUUCACAAUAUCAUUAUUUCUUUACUACACAUGAUGAUGAUCAUGCAGUUUUUCUCUCUAAACAAAACCAUUUUUCUUAUCUUUGUAUCAGGGUUAUAAGCCUCCAGAUGAAGGGCCAUCAGAAUAUCAAACUAUUCCUUUAAACAAGAUUGAAGACUUUGGAGUGCAUUGUAAACAGUAUGUCCUUGUUCCUGUAAUUAUUGGUACAUUGUACUAGUUCAGGAAUACCAGGCUUGAAGCAAGUAUUAAGAAGCAACCGAAGCAAAUGAUUUUGGGAAAAAGAGUUAAAAUAAGUUAUUUGAAAUAACUCCUAAGAAAAGGUUCUUAUGGGUACCCAAGAAAAUUUUAUUUCUAAUUUCACAGGAAUUAAGAAAAAACAGGUAAAGUCAUCAUGCAUAAGAUUUUUUUUGUGAUAUUUGAAGCUUUCGUGAAGUUUGUUCUCUCGGGCUCCCACAUUAAAAGAACCGUUUCUUUGGAGUUAUUUCUUAUAACUGUCUUAUAACAUUUAUAGCCCUGGAAAAGUGUAAAAAAGAAUGCAAUGUGUUUAAAUAAUUAACAAUAUAUUAUUGGACGAGGUUGAGCAAAGUAUUGUGAUUUGUCUAUGGCGAGCAGAUCUGCGAGACACUGACAAAUCAUGGUAUUUUGUGAUAACCGAGUUCAAUAAUUGUUUGAUCAUUCGAUCAGCGAGUUUGUUUUUUUUUAAUGAAUAUCCUCAGGAAGCAAAGUGAUCUGCCAUUUUUACGCAAGAGCGAUCACAAGAAGGAGAAAGGCACGGUUUCCUUUACGCGUGUGCUGAAUAUUAUUUGCAGCCAAAGACAGUUGGACGGCAUUGUGCAUGAGCAAACCAUUAUUUGUAGGCAGUUAUUUGCAGUUCACGUGGUGGGCUCUUGGCCAAUGAAAAGAAAGAAAAAUUUGCUUCGAAUGAUAAUGAAAGUUAUUAUUCUGGUACAAGGUUUUUAUCCACUGAAAAUUAAUUUUCUAAUGGAUGUUGUCUUAAAUAAUGAAUUAAUUAUGAUUUCAAUACUGGUAUUUGCAGAUACUACUCGCUAGAUGUUUCUUAUUUCAAGUCGUCAUUAGACAGAAAGCUUCUUGAGAUGCUUUGGAAUAAGUAUUGGGUUAACACACUCUCUUCGUCAAGUCUUCUUACAGUAAGUACCUUUAGCUUUUUUUUAUUAUAACAAUAGCAAUAAGAUAAUAAGGAUUACAUGUAACAGGUUCUGUACAUAAUGUCUUUUUAAUGUAAGAGUGUCCUUUGUUAAUCCUAAAAUCACCUAUAAAAUGAAUUUACUUUGAGAUAUAUGAGGUCAACAAACACCAUUAAUAACUUGUAUCUAAAACUUUUUCUUAGAAUAGAUUAAAACACUCUGAUCUAAGGUGUGAGCAACUGAACACUUCCGUUCAUGAAGUUAGCUGAGCCUAACUUAUACAAAAGCUACUUUCGUCAUUACCAAACUGACAUAAAAAAAAACAGUUUGAAAACAUGUCAAGAGUAGUGCUUAUGGGCCUGUUGUUUUAUUAAUGAAAUGGUAACUAUAGGUGCUGUGUACUAGGCAAAAGUCAAAGUGAGUAUGAUAUUUUUAUUUUAUCUGUUUUCAGAAUGCAGAUUAUACCAAUCAUCAGAUUGCAGAUCUUUCAGAAAAAUUAGAGCAAGCUGAAUCUCAAGUAAGAAGUUAAAUCAGAGUGAAUCAUUAUAUUUUGUACUUGAUUGUAAAUUACGUCCCCAGGGCUCAUCUGUCAAGCAGUAGACAGUGUCUGUAGGACACAAAGAUGAUUAAUUAGACAAUCUGGAGAAUCAUGUUUUGGUGGAGAUUGUGUUUGUGUGCAAACUUGAUUUUUGUUUUUUUUUUCUGUUUAUAAAACUUUCCUCAAGUCAGAAGAGCAAUAUUUUCUGCCCACCAAAAAUAAAUACAGUGUAUGUCCAGAAGUAAUUUCUGAAUGGGUGAACAGGACUGCGACUUAUUGUGUUGAGACUGGGAAAUAUUAUCAUGAUUGUUUAGGAGAUGAGCCCAGAGACUCAUAAAAAAGUGUAUUUUCAACAAAAUUACUGAACAUGCUGCAUUGCUUGGAUGAGAGACUCUCCAAAGAGUGUUCUAUAACCUUAAAUCGUCAAAAUAAGAUUUAUUUCUCAGAAUCACAGUAAAGAACUACUUUACUCUGGGAUUCAGCGUUCCAGUUUGAUCUAUUUUCAGACAGCAGUCUCGUAUCAAUAUAAUUAAUAGAUCAGAGAAUUUCCAUAUAAUUUUUUCUUUACUAUUUGACUGCUAACUGUUUUUUCGUAUCUCCUUGUAGGUUGGUCGUAUGGGUAGUUUUAUGAUGGGUAUGGAUCAAGACAAGAAGGAAGAAGGAAAGUUAGCAAAAACUACCAGAGACAGGUAUAUAAAAUAAUAUUUUAAUACUUAGACAAGAUACCGUAAAAUUCCGAAAAUAAGCCCCGGGGCUUAUAUUUUUCAAAGGCCCUUUUUGAGGGGCUUAUUUUUGAAGGGGCUUAUAUUCGGAGGGGCUUAUGUACGGAGGGAAAUUUGCGUUUCAGAAUCGAUUGGGCUAGCUUGUAUUGGGAAGGAAAUUUACGAUUUUUGCUUUGUUUUGCUACAUAGGUAUUGAGGGCAAAUCCAGUUUCAAGCCCCUACUUAUAUUCAGAGGGGCGUUUUAAACUGAUUUUGGGGGCUUAUAAGAGAUUUACAUGGAGGGGCUUAUUUUCAGAAUUUUACGGUAACAGAUUAACAACUGCUUGUCUGGUUGCUGGUUAUUAAGAGCAGUUUCAUUAUGUUUAUUAUCUUUGCUACAUAGGUCCAUAGGUCUGUGAUCCAGUUUCACUCCUACUAUUAUGUAACUGUGGGAAAUGAUUUUUGA